AUGAAGAGCAAUGAUCUGAAUCCACUCAAGACCUUUAAAUACAGCCUUCUUCAAGUCCCAGUCUUCCUUUCUGUUUUCACAGGAAUCCGGGGUUUAGUGAACCUACCAGUAACUAGCUUACAGACAGGUGGUACUGCUUGGUUUACUGAUUUAACAGCGUCCGAUCCCUAUUACAUCCUACCGAUUCUCUCCAUGAGUACACUUCUAUUGACACUUGAGACCAGUGCUGGAAUGAGUUCGCAACAGACACAAACAAUCCAGGCUUUCUUGAGAGUGCUCCCCGCUAUUGGUUUCGUCUUUGUAAUGAACAUGCCGUCGGCUUUGGUAUGGUAUUGGAGUGUUAGCAACAUGGUUUCUCUUCUUCAGUCAUUAAUUCUACGUCAAUCACGUGUUCGUUCUUAUUUAAACUUCCCUUCUAUUCAAGCACCUCCUGCAGCAAUAAAAAAGAAACGUGGUUUUGUUGCAGGAUUCAAAGAAUCGCUAAAUAAUUCACGUUUGUUAGCGGAGUUGGAUUCAAGAGAACGAAUAGGUGCGAAGGCUUGGCAAAAGUCUGGUCACAAGGCUCCACCUGUUACAUUUAUUUCUGAUCCGACUAAACUUACAUCGAGUCUUGAAACCUUAAGCUCUCGAAACAAAACAACAAACAGUGGAUCACGAGUACAGUUAAAAGGUCAAACACUGGAGUAUGAUUUUCAUAAAGCGGUAUCGUGUAGUGUUCGCAUGUGUUCCGUGCUCUUUCAAUACUUGUAA